AUGGCCCUCCGCCCCCUCACCCAAAAGCUCCCCAGCGACAUCGUCCUCCUCUCCUCCCUCCGCACCCCUAUAACCCGCGCCUUCAAAGGCGGUUUCCGCCACGCCUACCCCGAAGACCUCCUCGGUCCCAUCAUGGCCGCCGCCGUCACCCGCGCCAAUAUCUCCCCCUCAGACGUCCAAGACGUCCUCAUCGGCAACGUCCUCGCCGAACUCGGUUUCGCAAAAGCAGGUCGCAUGACGCUGAACCACGUCGGAUUCCCCGUCACCACAGCCUUUCACACGAUCAACCGCCAGUGCUCGAGUAGUUUACAAGCGCUUAAUCAUGUGGCGAAUAUGAUUGCGGUGGGCCAGAUCGAGGUUGGUCUUGCUGGGGGCGUGGAGAGUAUGAGUCGGAAUUAUAAGGCUACGAGGGGGAUACCGCAGGAUUUGAGUGAAGGGCUCAAAGGGAGUAGCGUGGGGAGUGCACGGGAUUGUAUCAUGAGUAUGGGGGAGACGAGCGAGAAUGUUGCGAGGGAGUUUGGGAUUUCAAGGGCUGUUCAGGAUAAGUUCGCGCUUGAGAGUCAGAGACGCGCGGCGCAGGCGAGGAGGGAGGGGUGGUUUGAUAAUGAGAUUGUGGGGGUUGAGAGUGUAGAUGAUGAAGGGAAUGCGGUGAUGGUGGAGAGCGAUGAUGGGAUUAGAGAGGGUUUGACGUUGGAGAAAUUGGCUGGGAUGAAGCCGGCGUUUGCGGAGGAUGGGAUGAGUACGGCGGGGAAUUCAUCCCAACUCUCCGACGGCGCCUCAGCAACAAUCCUCUGUCGCCGUUCCUUCGCCACAUCCCGUGGUCUCACACCCAUCGCACGCUACAUCGCCACCCACGUCUCCGGCUGCGAACCGCGUCUCAUGGGUAUCUCCCCAACCCUCGCCAUUCCUGCGCUCCUGUCCCGCGUCGGUCUACAAAUCAAAGACAUCGAUGUCUUUGAGCUCAACGAAGCGUUCGCGAGUCAGGCGGUCUAUUGUAUUCAGAAAUUGGGGCUGGAUGAAGGGAAGGUUAAUCCGCAUGGUGGUGCGAUUGCCUUGGGGCAUCCGACGGGGGCGACGGGGACGAGACAGCUUGCUACGCUGCUUGGGGCACUGGAGAGGUUGGGGGGAGAGGUGGGGGUUAUCUUCUCAGAUACAGCAUACCUAAAAUCCUGCAUUGACGUAGAAACAGCUCUCGCUCGCGCCCAAUCAACCCUCGGAGUCAUCCCCCCAACGAUAGGCAAAACCCUCACGGAAUCUCUCUCAUCCGCCCACGAAAACCUCGAUUACGCAAAACUCGAACACGAAACAGAAAUAGUAGGCUACCCAAUCCUACCCCUAAUAACCCAACUCCAAACCCUCGUUCCGACCGAAGCAGGAAAAUACAUCCACUGGGGCGCCACAACCCAAGAUAUAAUGGACACGGCCUCAAUCCUACAAAUGAAAACCGGACUUGAAAUCGUCGAACGCAUCUUAAACGAAACAUGCAAAUCCCUCGAACGAUUAGCAGCAAAAUAUAGGGAUACCCCCAUGGCAGGCCGCACCCACCUCCAACACGCCCUCCCCAUAACAUUCGGCUACAAAGCCGCCGUCUGGCUCAGUGCCCUCCAACGGCACCGCGAACGCCUCUCCCAACUCCGUCCCCGCACCCUCCUCGUCCAAUACGGCGGUGCAGCCGGCACGCUCGCCAGUCUCGGCAGCGAAAACGACAUCGGUAUCCGCGUGCGCGCCGAACUCGCUCGUGAACUUCACUUAGAGAAUCCGAGUAUCACAUGGCACGUCUCCCGCGACGGCCCCGCCGAGAUCCUGAAUUUCCUCGCCCUAUUAGGGGGCUCUCUGGGCAAGAUAGCGCUGGAUAUCAUGAUCAUGGCAUCUAACGAGUUUGGCGAGGUCAGCGAGCCAUUCGUCCCGCAUCGCGGAGCGUCGAGUACGAUGCCGCAGAAACGCAAUCCCAUUUCCGCGGAACUCAUCCUCGCUGCGUCCAAAGUGCUGCGCGCGAACGCCGGACUGGGACUCGACGCCAUGCUCGCGGAUUUCGAACGCGCGAGCGGACCCUGGCAUUUAGAAUGGCAUGCCAUCCCUAGCUCCUUCGUGCUCGCGGUCGGCGCGUUGCAUCAAGCUGAUUUUGUGUUGAGCGGUCUGGUCGUGCAUAAGGAUGUUAUGAGGAGGAAUUUGAAGAGUAGUCGGGGGUUGAUUGUGGGGGAGGCGGUUAUGAUGGGGUUGGCGACGAAACUUGGGCGGGGGAGGGCGCAUGAUGUGGUUUAUGAGGCUUGCAAGGGGGCUAUUGAGGGGGGAAGGAGUUUGCUUGAGGUGUUGGGGGAGAAUGGGGAGGUUAGGGGGUGCCUUGGGGAGGAGGAACUUAGGGGGUUGUGUGAGGAGGGGAAUUAUUUGGGGGGGUUGGGGGAUGGUUGA